AUGGACAAGCUCGAGAAGAAAACACUCGACGUCACCCGUGGUUUCACAUAUACAUACUAUAACAGCCCAGCAAAGGAUGGUCGUCCAACUUUGCUCUUGGUCCACGGUUUCCCAGAUGCGCCUGAUACGUAUGAGGAAGUGAUUCGAGACUAUCUGCUCCCUAAUGGAUAUGGUGUGAUUGCCGUAGACUGCUUGGGCUACAAUGGCACCUCAAAGCCCACCGACAAGGAAUCCUACAAUAUGCAGUUGAUGUGCCAGGACCUCAAGGAGAUCAUUGAUAAGGAAGGGCUUGACAAGGUCAUCCCCGUCGGCCAUGACUGGGGCGCCGGUGUCGUGCAACGCUUCUACAACUUCCACGCUGACCGAGUGAGCGGCCUCGUCCUCAUGAACGUCGCAUACACGGUUCCGGCGCCUCAACCGUUCGACCUCGACGCCACCAUCGAACUCACCAAAGGAAUCUUCGGCUACGGCACCUUCUGGUACUGGAAGCUCUUUGCAGGCGACGACGGCGCCCAGGUAAUUGACUCCCACCUGGAAGCCUUUUGGGAUGCCGCGCACGGCGAACCGGAGACGUGGCUCGAGACGCUCUGCAAGCCCGACGGCGUGAGAAACUUCCUCCUCGCCGACAAGAGGCAGCCCACCAUGGCCUACGCGACGGAGGAACGCAAGCAGAAAUGGAUCGCCGACAUGAAGGCUGGAGGCUUUGACGCCCCCCUGAACUACUACCGAGCCAUGGUCUUUGGCGAACAGGACAAAGCCGUCGCCGCUAUCCCCCCCGAGAACAUCCCCAUCAAGUGCCCGCUUUUGUUCUGGGGCGGCAAGCGAGAUUACGUCUGCCGACCAGAGAUGCUGCAGAUGAGUCUCGAUGCCGGAUUGAUUCCGGAUUGUAAGCAGGUCGUGGUUGAUUCGGGACAUUGGGCUCAUUUGGACAAGCCGAAGGAAUUUGGGGAGGCGCUGGUGGGCUGGUUGAAGGAAAAGUAUUGA